AGCUAAGACUUCACAAAACCUCUCUCCUUCUCCCUCUUCUUGCACGCGUACACACACAUGCACACUGAAAUCUUUCAUAAAGAAAAACGUGGUUAUGGCCGUGGCCACCAUAUGAUUACGCAUAUUUAAGCCAAAGCUAGAAGUAUUAGAGUGUGAGAGAAAAUAAUGGACAAUAUUUUGAUCGUGUCUGUGACAGUGUUUCUCUUAUGCACUGUGAUCCUCCUCUACAGGAACAGGCUCAGCCUCAUGCUCAAAUCAAAAUAUAGAAAUAAACUUCCAUCAGGCACUCUUGGAUGGCCUUUUAUCGGUGAAACUCUUGAGUUUGUUUCUUGUGCUUACUCUGAUCGCCCUGAGAGCUUCAUGGACAAGCGACGCCGCGUGUAUGGAAAGGUGUUUAAGUCACACAUAUUUGGAAGCCCCACAAUUGUUUCCACGGAUGCUGAUGUGAACAAGUUCAUACUGCAAAGUGAUGCAAAAGUUUUUGUUCCUUCUUAUCCCAAGUCUCUUACUCAGUUGAUGGGGGAGUCUUCUAUUUUGCUCAUCAAUGGAAGCCUUCAAAGGAGAAUACAUGGACUUAUUGGAGCUUUUUUCAAGUCUCAACAGCUAAAGGCUCAGAUCACCAGAGAUAUGCAAAAGUAUGUCAAAGAAUCAAUGUCUGGUUGGAAAGAGGACUGCCCCGUAUACAUACAAGACGAAACAAAAAAGAUUGCUUUUCAUGUACUAGUCAAGGCACUGAUUAGUUUGGAUCCAGGAGAAGAAAUGGAACUUCUGAAGAAACAUUUUCAGGAAUUUAUCUCUGGCCUCAUGUCUCUACCAAUAAAUCUACCAGGAACUAAACUUUAUCAAUCUUUGCAGGCAAAGAAGAAAAUGGUGAAAUUAGUGCGGAGAAUUAUCCUAGCUAAAAGAAAUAGUGGCCUUUGCAGAGUUCCAAAAGAUGUGGUGGAUGUGCUUCUCAAUGAUGCAAGUGAAAAAUUGACAGAUGAUUUAAUAGCAGAUAAUAUUAUUGAUAUGAUGAUUCCUGGGGAAGACUCAGUGCCGGUUCUUAUGACUCUAGCUACAAAAUAUCUAUCAGAAUGUCCAGCUGCUUUGCAGCAAUUGACGGAGGAAAAUAUGAAGCUUAAGAAAAUUCAAGAUCAGGUUGGUGAGUCAUUGUGUUGGAGUGAUUACCUAUCAUUGCCAUUUACUCAAACAGUGAUCACUGAAACUCUCAGAAUGGGAAAUAUCAUAAUAGGAGUAAUGAGAAAGGCCUUAAGAGAUGUUGAAAUAAAAGGGAACUUAAUACCAAAAGGAUGGUGUGUGUUUGCAAAUUUUAGAUCAGUUCAUCUAGAUGACAGAAACUAUGACUGUCCAUAUCAGUUCAAUCCAUGGAGGUGGCAAGACAAAGAUAUGAGCAGUUGCAAUUUCACUCCUUUUGGAGGGGGACAAAGGCUUUGCCCAGGCCUUGACUUGGCCAGGCUGGAAGCUUCCAUCUUCCUACACCACUUUGUCACUCAAUUUAGAUGGCAUGCUGAAGCAGAUGCAAUAGUGAACUUUCCCACAGUAAGAAUGAAAAGGAGGAUGCCUGUGAUGGUAAGGAGAGUGGAAUCUUAAAGCUUGGUUGGCCAAAAUGUGUGGAGCCACUUGUACCAAAGGAUAAAGAACAACCAUUCUAUGAAAAAAUACAAAAUGUGAAAUAAGAGAACAAGGGAGAGGGGGGACCAGAAAGAUUGGCUAAGGUGGACACACGUGUGCUGAACUGCAUAAGCUUUGUUUUUGUCUCCUUGCAUUAGUCUUCAACAUGAAGACAAUGGAAAGUUUCAUAUUGAGGGACCCUUAAAUUAGGUAGAAUUUACUUUUCACCAAUUUUUCUUUCCCAUUUUACCUAGUGUGGUAGGAAAAUAAAGGUUGAUUGUAAGGGAGAGCACUUUUAUCUUGUUUUUGAAUCAGAGUUUCUUUUGUCUGUUU